AUGGUCAAGCACAGCAUAAGGCUGCUGGCAGCCUACGAGUUCAUGGGGGCACGGUACCCGCUGAACAUCCAGGAGUGUCAUCAGGACCUGCUGGUGGGUUUGGAGAUGUCCCUGCAGCAUGGGGGCAUCAACAUCACGGAGCGCUCAGAAAGACAUCCCACAGCUCCCAAGUGCCCAGGGGCAUUAGGGCGGUUGAGUGCAAAGCAAAACACAUGUCUGAGUGAAGAGGAAAAAAAGAGGAGGGCAGCCACUGCCCGUCGGCAGCACCUGAAGAGCGCUAUGCUCCAGCUCGCUGCCACCGAAAUAGAAAGAGAAGCAGCUGCUAAAGAAGUGGAAAAGCAAAACUACCUGGCAGAGCAUUGCCCUCCUCUGUCGCUCCCAGGAUCCAUGCAGGAACUUCAGGAGCUGUGCAAAAAGCUUCAUGCCAAGAUAGAGUCAGUGGAUGAGGAGAGGUAUGACACAGAGGUGAAGCUACAGAAGACUAACAAGGAGCUGGAAGACUUGAGCCAGAAGCUCUUUGACCUGCGGGGCAAGUUCAAGAGGCCACCCCUGCGCAGGGUGCGCAUGUCCGCCGAUGCGAUGCUGAGGGCCCUGCUGGGCUCCAAGCACAAGGUCUGCAUGGACCUCCGAGCCAACCUGAAGCAAGUCAAGAAGGAGGACACUGAGAAGGAGAAGGACCUCCGCGACGUCGGUGACUGGAGGAAGAACAUCGAGGAGAAGUCUGGCAUGGAGGGCAGGAAGAAGAUGUUUGAGGCUGGCGAGUCCUAA